AUGGAAUACAUACAAAAAUGCUUUUACACCUCGACGCUGUGGAAUCGCGACAACUCGUACGAAAGCUUUCUUGCAACGUCCAAGCAGGUGCUGGAUUUUCCGAUCCCCUCGGGGUUUAGCAUGACCGUGUCCUCGAAGAACACUGAGAACAGUUUCACCUCCAUAUCCAUCUCGCAGCUCGGGGAGCUGGCGGGAUCUCUCUCGUACAUGUACAGCUCUGUUGACGUCGCGUCCGCGUACAAUGAUACCGCCUCUGUCUCGUUACAGUCCAUGUUUGAAGGAUACCGUCUGCUUUCCUCGCCCAGGAAUUCAAACUACAGUAAGAGACCCACGCUGCUGUACGGGAAAAUGUAUUUCCCGUCCCAAUUUCUUGAGGGCAUGUUCAUUAAACGUCUUUCCGAGGACUCGCAGCUGCUCGUCAAGUUCAUCAACACGCCUAAGCUGAACAAGCUGUCCAACUCCACAAGCAUAAUGAACGUCUGCUACCAACGCCAAACACCCAAGUCCGCGCAGGACUACGUUUUCUCGACGAACGAGGCGCUCUUUGGCCUUCGAUACAUAUACAAUCUCGGCGCACCUACCCCGGCGGCAGACUCGUCGCUGUUUUCCGUCGGCUGCGAGCUGUGGUGCGCUGCCCAGUCGCUGGCUCCGGGAAUGUCGACUGGACUUCGCUACUCCACGCACCUCACGUCCUCGGGCAAACCGCUCACGAUGACUCUCAUCAUAAACCCGCUGCUAGGCUCGAUUGAGUCGACAUAUGCCAUCAAGACCAGCGUUCUGUCGACUUUUGUGUCAAAAUACAACUUCAACGUGUACUCGUACGAGAGCGAUCUGUCUCUGGGAUGUCAUCUGUGGCGAUUGUCGGACGAGAACAAGUCCGUGACGGAUGAGCGUUUCAACAAAAUGAAGACCGAGGAACAGCAAGAACUGAUGGACAACUUCAUGCACAUCGAUCCGGCACACAUGCUGUCAGAAACCAACUCCACCAGAUUAUUUAUCAGCCAGCACCAGACGUCGGAUUUUAGUAGCAGUCUCAAAUGCGCAACCAGCUUGAACAAACAGCAAGUUAGUCUUCUCUGGGAGGGGCGUUUCAAGGACUGGUUGCUGUCAACAGGAGUCAAGUUCGACUACAAAGACAUGAACCCGAGGAGUCUUGGGUACGGGCUAGAACUCCAGUUUUCGUCUUAA